UUUUGCCAACCUCCAAUCGAGUUGGUUUCCACGCCCCGACCUACCCACAGUUUCGAUAGAUGUUUAGGGUGCGGUUACAUUUCAGCAAGUUACCUUGCCAAAUUCGCAGUGUCUAAACGGGACUAACAACUUUGACCAUUGCCAAUCACAACGAAUAAUAAGAUAUUUGCAUAUAGGAGAGGUCACUGAAGCCUGCCAACAUGGAAAACGGCUUGUCACCGAACACAACGGGGUUUUGCGUCCCGGUGCUAGACAGAGAAUGGUUCUACGUCUGGAUGCUUCUUCCAUCGGUGGUUGCCAUCAUCAUCGUCAUGUUGCUACAGAGACGCAGCGCAUUCAGACUAGAUUGUUGCCACGGGCGACCUUCACUGGCAACGAUUGGUAAUAUACUUGAUGGUAGGACACAUCGGUUAGCAUACGCUGCGUCAUUUGCGUUAGUAGGCUCAGCUCUUCUCAAUUUAUUCUACGGAUUUUUUCCAUUCCCAGCAUCUGUAAUGAAGGGAGAUCUCUGGGUUCCAGCAUUAUGGUCUUUGCUUGCUGUUGUUGUCUACGCCAUCGACUUCUACCCUCUGUUCGCCUGUAUCUCCCUCGCCGCGUCCGGCAUGAACUUCGGAUACUUCAUGGGAGCCUUCUUCUCAUGGGCGUGGUUGGCGGCGCUGUUGGACGAGUUCUUUGAAUGCACAUUUUACAAGAACGUUGACCCAGCUGAGUUUCUUAUUAUCUUUGACAUGCCAUCGCUGAUCUGCGCUGCCUUCCUGUCAAUAUGGUUUCCCAUUGGUUUGAUUAUGUCUAUAUGCAACUACCAAGGACACAAAGGCGAGUUGGCGCCAUGGUAUGACAGAUUAACCAUACAGGCAAUGACUGGGAGAUCACGAAAGGAGCAUCGCUCAUCGGACUGUAGUCUCGUGUGCAAGAGUAUAUGUUACAUUGGUAUUCCAGGUUUCCGCUAUUCCACUGUUAUGAUAUCCACUAUAUUCGUGUCAUUCUGCAUUUUAUAUAAGGCAAGUUCAUAUCUUUUAUUGAAAAGUCUUGAGAUACACAGUGACGUCACCAGUGUAAAUAAAGCUAUAAUGUAUUGA